CAGCACUCUCCUGCUCUACGCGUCCACUGCGACGUAUUGCGGGGGUAUUGUGCAUAUGACGGUGGCAAACAAUCGUGUUGCUGAAGCGGCUGCGAAUAUGCUCUUCUCCGAAUCAUAUAUGGCUCCCUCGGAUGGCGGACUUUCCCCGCUGACUGCAGCGUGGAUCGCGACAAUGUCCCUCACGGUGAACGUCCUGAUCGGCGAUGCGAUCGUGUGGUGGCGUGCUUGCGUUCUGUGGCGAAGCAGGCUGAUGUACUGCCUGGGACCCGCGAUACUAAUCAUCGGUCUUGCGCUCGAAUUGCUUGGUGCCACUAUACAGGCAAAAACAGAGUCGCAGGUCGUGUCAUACAUUCCCGACAUAAUGGGUGCUCAUCCAUAUGGAGCCAUUGUGACCGGACUCUCCCUCAUCAUCAAUUUGCUGGCCACGAGUCUCAUUGGGAUCAAGGCCUGGCGACACAGAGCAUCUCUGCAGGGACACUUCGCAGAUAAUACUGGGCGACAGUAUGUCUUGAAGGUUCUCGCUUUGCUCGUCGAGACUGGUGUAGUAUAUUCCGCAACGCUGAUCGUCUCGACGGUAUACUUGGCGGUAAACCAAGUAUCGAGUCGACCAGGCCGCGCAUUCUCUAAUGGCUAUGAAGUGUUCACUUUUGGAUGUAUAGUCCCUAUGAUUGCGAUAUACCAGAUGCUGAUCAUCUUCGUCAUCGCCCUCGACCGUUCUCAACUAGAACACACAAUCCAGCAAGACGACGACUCGAACGUGACUUUGACUCAGGUCACUGGGGCCGUCUCUGUCACCGAGUCUACUGAAUGGGGAAGCGGAUAUACAGUAGACCGCAGCACAUCCAGAGGUUGGGGGAAAAGGCCUUAGGUAGUGCAAGUUACUCGAC